AAAGUCUAAUUGUAUUUUUUUCUAGAAUGGCGAGAAGGCUGAAUGAUCAAGUUAUUGAGGAGUACCUCCAGAACCUGGACCAGUCUGAGGAUGAUAUGGAAUCCUCUGCAGGAGAAGAGGAUGAUGAAGAAGUUUACUUCGAGAAUAAUAGGCAGUUAUUAGCGGAUUUAGAAGAUGAAGAAUUUGUUGAAGAUAUGGAUAUACCUAUGGAAAGUAGUACUGUUGAUCCACCUCUUAUUUUUGAUAAUCAUAAUGACCCAAUUUUAGAAAAUUUGAGUGAAACGCCACAGCCUUCUGGUCAACGGAAUGGGACAGCUCGUCCACGACAAAGCCGUGUAACGUGGAGACGCACAAACCUCACCACCAUUGAUGAUAUUCAAAAUUUUUAUCAACUGCAAUAUCCUGACAGCAUGUUAGAAUUAGAGACGCCGUACAAUUUUUUUUCUUUCUUUUUCUCUCAAGAACUGAGGGAUAAGAUCAAGGCAGAGAGUAAUUUGUAUUCUACCCAGAAAAAUCUUUCCAAUCCAUUUGUUAUCACUAGCAAUGAUCUCAAUAAGUUCCUUGGGAUUCUAAUUUAUUCUUCUAUUGCAAAGUUUCCAAACUUCCGGUUAUACUGGUCAGCUCAAUAUGGCUAUGAACCUAUAAAGUCAACCAUGACACAGAAGAAUUUUGAAAAAAUUUGUUCGAUUUUACAUUUCAAUGAUAAUACCACUCACUUACCCCAGGAACAUCCUAAUCACGACAAAUUACACAAAAUUAGACCAAUAAUUGACGAUCUAAAUAGUAACUAUGCUGCUAUUCCUUUAGAACAACGCUUAUCUUUGGAUGAACAAAUGUGUGCUACUAAAAUAGGUUACUACAUGAAACAAUACCUCCCCAAUAAACCACAUAAAUGGGGAUUCAAGCUUUUCUUGGUAUGUAGUGUCUAUGGAUUUGCACACAAGUUUGAAGUCUAUACUGGCAGUGAUAAGAAUCCUCUCGGAAAUGGCGAACCAGAUUUAGGACCAACUGGUAACACAGUUGUACGGCUUUUGCGUUUUGUUCCAAGACGUGCAAACCACAUAAUUUACUUCGAUAAUUACUACACAUCGGUGCCCUUGGUCACUUUCUUGCAAAAGAAGGAAUAUAUUCCUUGGGAACUGUCCAGUCUAAUCGUAUCCCAAAUAAUAAACUGCCAGAUAAGAAGACGCUGAUGAAAAGAACGGUACCUCCUAAAGAUGUCCGCCAAGAUAAAAUCGACCACUGGCAAAAAAUCGUUCUAAAAUUCGUAACUACAACGCGGAAGUAAAUUGCCUAGUUUUGCCGAGCAUUACUGGAACGUUACCCGCAGCAGAUAUACCUUGCGACAACAUAGGUAUACCCAACCAUAUUCAACUCGCUGAUUUUACUUUCAAUAUUUCGUCAGAAAUCUACUUAUUAAUCGGAGCCGAUUUAUAUUGGGAUUUAUUAAAUGGUACAAAAUUCAAACUUACAUCGGGUCCUUACUUAUGCGAUUCUCAUUUAGGCUGGCUACUUUCCGGUCCCAUCCAAACACAUAUCAAGCGUUCAUCUCAUACCGAAACUCGAUGUAACUUAACUCGCAAUGGUUUUGAUUUACGUAAAUUUUAGGUCCUCCAUUGCAAAACGAUAUAUUUUCCAUUCUACUUCGCUUUAGACAAUAUAGGUAUGUGGCAUGUGCGGAUAUAGAAAAAAUGUAUCGACAAAUAUUAAUACAACCGGAUCAAUGCAAUUUACAACUAAUUCUAUGGAGGGAUGCCCCAGAUCAACCUGUUAGAAUUUAUCGUUUAAAUACAGUUACUUACGGUGUGUCAUCCGCCCCUUAUUUAAGCAUUCGCUAUUUACAUCAGCUGGCUCAAGAAUGUAACAAUGACGUCAUCGCACGCGUCAUAAGAGAGGAUUUUUACGUUGACGACUUAAUCACUGGAGACGAUCAGAUAUCGUCCUUAGUGAAUACGUGUAAUGAGACUGCUCAAACUUUACUUAAUGGUUGUUUUUCCUUGCGCAAAUGGACAUUCAACCAUGAAGUUCAACGUGAGUCAAUUAAAAAUUUAAAUAUAGGUGACUACUGUCAGUCUACCACAUUAGGUUUAGGUUGGUCUAACCAACAAGACACUUUACAUUUUACUACCCAAUUAGAUAACAGCAAUAAUUCGAUUACUAAACGCUCGAUAAUGUCGAAAAUCUCGCAAAUAUAUGUCGGCGAUACGCCAGGGUUUUCGCGUUGAGAAUCCAUCACCACAAAAUACACACUCCAGAUUUAGUUUACUUUAUUUUGCCACGAUAGUCAGUAUAGAAGUGAGUCUUUUUUACAAAAUUCAUUCGUUUUAUAUAGAUUUGUUGACAGAAAAAUGACUUCCUGUACAACAAAAUAAAAUUUAAUAACUACAAACAAAUUAAUGAAAUAUAGCUAAAUAUUCAAAAUAAAUAUUUAGAUAAAUUUAACUUAACUUCUAAUGAUUUAUUUAACAUGAUUACAUUAAUUAAAUGUGAACAGAUAUCGUUCUUACACAGCUCCAUCAACAGAUGGCGCUGUUAACAGAAUGAAUAUAAAAUAAACUUUAAUGCAAAUAAUCAACUUUAAUUCAGAAUAAAGUAAUCUAUUUUAAUUUGAAUAUUCAUACAGUAAAUUAAUAAUUUAAACAGCAUAUUAAACAUUUAA